AUGAUAGAAAGUUCUGGCAGACAACUGACAGGUGUCAAGGCCACAAUAGCCACAACUCAUUACACUGUCAACUCAAUCUCAGCACUCAACGUCGGUGUCGAAGCCAUCUCUGAGGGAUUCGACACCGGUGGCUUUGCUGAAGCAAAAAGCGAUGACUUGUUCCUCAAACGCUUCAAAGCCAACGGCUCAAGAACUCUUUCUGAACUCGUACAAAAAUACCAAAAUUCUAACUUCCCUGUGAAUUGUAUAGUCUAUGAUUCAUUCCUACCUUGGGCUCUUGAUGUUGCCAAGCAACAUUCCAUAUAUGGAGCUCCAUUCUUCACCAAUUCCACCACAGUUUCUGGCAUAUUUUCUAAUAUUCAUAUUGGCCUUGUUUCUCUUCCAGUGAAGCAGGAAGACAUGCUUUUGCUUAUUCAUGGAUUCCCUCCACUCAACUUUCCUGACUUGCCAAGCUUUCUCAAGUUUCCUAAAGGAUACCCAGUUUACUUGGCGAUGAAAAUGAAUCAAUUCUCUAACUUGGAAAUGUCUGACUGGAUAUUUGGAAACACUUUCGAAGAACUAGAAGGAUAG